AGCUAGCGUAGCGGGUCAAGCUUGGAGCUAGCUGGCGCUUAGCUGGGGCGGUAACGCUCGGCGCGUUAAAUCAUAUAUUUUGUUGUUUCUGUUGUAGAAUUAAAUUCUUUCGGCGUAGCUGGAAUAUUGCUUAUUCAUGUCUGCUCUGUGAGGGUGCGACGUUGGAGGUUUCGAGGCCGUGUUUUAGUGGUUGAAUUGACUCUGAAGGGGAAGAUGUGCAAUGGAAUGAUAGAGUCAAUAUCAAAAGCCUUUUGGGCCCACACCUCAGCCACUAAACGGUCCUUCCUGUUGCUGCUGUUUCUGAUUGUAGUGUCCACUGGGCAGGGGUCAGGAUGUGUGAGGCCGUACAUGGUUCAGAACAGCUGGGUAAAUCUCACAGAAACCAACAGGGGCUCAUUCCCUGUGGGCACAGUAUUGCAGUACAGCUGUGACCCCGGGUACCUCCCAGAUGGACCCAACAUCCUCACCUGCACCGCAGUGGGACGAUGGUCCUCUGAACCUCCACGCUGUAUACGCAGUGGUGCAUGCCUCCCCCUCUCUAAACCGGAUAACGGGGGCUACACCUGCCACCCAUCCCCUUGUCGACUGUUCGCCCAUGGCACUGUGAUUGAGUUCUUCUGUAAUGAGGGCUUCAUGCUCAGCGGAGACUAUAACUACCUGACAUGUCAAGAUGGAGAAUGGGACGGCCCCAUGGAAAUCAGCUGUGUAAGCCAAGGGUGUAUAAGACCUUCCAUGGUGCAGCAUGGCUCAGCUAAUCUGACAGACAGCAACAGGAGCUUGUUCCCUGUGGGCACAGUACUACAUUAUGGCUGUGAUCCUGGUUACCUGCCAGCUGGACCCACCAGCCUCACCUGCACCAAACUGGGAGACUGGUCCUCUGAACCUCCUCGCUGCAUACGCAGUGAUGUAUGCCAGCCUCCAUAUCAGCCAAAAAAUGGUAGCUACACGUGCCACCCCUCUCCAUGCAAAAGAUUUUCUCAUGGCACUGUGAUUCAGUAUUUCUGUGAUGAUGGCUAUAUUCUGAAGGGAGACUAUAAAUUCAUCACUUGUCAGUAUGGGAAAUGGGACACUGUAAUGCCAGUCAGCUGCGUCAUUGAGCAAGGUUGUAGAAGACCCUCGAUGGUGCAGCAUGGCUCAGCCAAUCUGACAGACACCAGUAGGAGCUUCUUCCCAGUUGGCACAGCACUACAGUAUACCUGCAAUCCCGGUUACCUCCUGGAUGGACCCAGAACUGUCACCUGCACCACACUGGGACACUGGUCCUCUGAGUCUCCUCGCUGCAUACACAGUGAUGUAUGCCAGCGUCCAUAUCAGCCAGAGAAUGGAGGCUUCACCUGCCACCCCUUCCCAUGCCAAAGACUUUCUCAUGGCACUGUGAUUGAGUAUUUCUGCAAUGAAGGAUACAUUCUCAAGGGAGACUAUAAAUAUCUUACCUGUCAGUAUGGGGAGUGGGACAGCCAAAUGAAGCUAAGCUGCAUUAUGAAGCAAGACCACAGUCCGACUUUGCCACUGGGGAUGCCAACUUUAUCCAUAGUGGCAUCCACAGCUUGUUCGGUGGCUUUUAUCCUGCUUCUGGUUGUGCUGUUUGUGCUUCUUCAGCCAAAACUUAAGUCUCUCCAUCGACGCGAUCAGGGCGUGUCAGGACAGCCUGUGUCAAUCAUGGUGGAGGGAGUACAGGUGACUCUACCUUCAUAUGAGGAAGCCGUGAGCAGCAGUGGAGCUUCUGCUCUCAUUUCAGAAUCUCGAGUUCAGAUAGUGCUGUCGGAGGGUCAGCAUGCUACAGCGCCAGAGGCUGGCCCCUCUAGGCCUUCUUCCCUCAAGCAGCAGCAGCAGCAGCAGUCUGAGAUGGCUGUGGUCCAUCCCGUCCCACCGUCUUCAUCCUCUUCAUCUCCUUCUUCCUCUACCUGGGCUUUGGAGCACGCAGGUGCUGCAGCAAGCACCUCUUCAUCACAAAGAAGGCCGUCUGGAGGAAGCGACCACCAUAGCCUGUCUCUGGACUCUGAGAUGGAUUACUCUGAUGAUAUUCCAUUGCUGAAGGAGGCUUGAAACAUGCUGCAGCCUUUGGACUUACCCAAAACAACCAGCUUUGCGACUAACCUGUAAUGAUGAGCAGGAGUUUCUCACCACAGCUGUCAACAUAGAUAAACUCAACUACAGAGGCCCCGAGGGAAGCUGUGGGUCAGUCAGAAGAGUUCAUCUGGCCAUUGCAAAGGAGAAGACAAAGGAUUCACAUGUACAUACAUGCUUACAGUUUCAUGACAUUUCACACACUAUGUAUGUAUGUCUAAUAUCUAAAACUCAGUUUGAAAAUGUUGAACAAAGCAGAAAGGAGCAGGCACUUCUGAGGGAGUUUAUAUUCAGUUCUGUUGGGGUAAAUUGUCUAUUGUGUUUCAGUUGACUGGGCAAAGCCGCAAACUCAUCUUAGGAGCUAUAAAGUAAUUUGUCUUAUUUGCUUUUCUUUUCUUUAACCACUCGUCACACCAGUCAUGAAACAUGGUCGCAAUGAUACACAAAGGCUAGUCAAAUAAAUUGCUGUCCAUGUUAUGUAAGCUCACAGCAUCAUCUUGAAAGAUUUUCUGAUUAAUCAUAACUUACAUUUUUCGAGUCUCACUGUAUAUUAUAAAAUUCUUUUUCCCCCCCUCCUUCCCCAAGAGUUCACACUGCUGAAUUCAGGGUGUACAUUCAACAUACUUCAUUCCUCCAAAUAUAUUCUCCUCUUAAUACUCAUACCCCUCCCCCCAAUGCCUUAGCUUUCCACUUCUAUGCACAGGUAUCUAUAAUUUGUGAAAUUUUAAAAAUGAAUGUCAGUAAAAUGCCUCCACUGCUUAGUGACAUUAUAUGUGGCUUUGCCAGACACAUUACUUGUACACAGGUAAAUAUUUUGUUAUUAAUUUAUUCAGGCUGCUUGGGAAUUCCUGUUUUCGUUCUAAAUGGGAAGUUAAAAGGUGUAUUUAAUUUAUUUGUGCCCAAAAUGCUGUUGAUCAGCCAUGGCUUCUUUUGCUUUUUUGUUUUUUUUCCUCUGCGGCUCAUGGAAACCUUAAAAAGUAGGUAUUUUCACUUUGCAGCUUCACUUUGAAAUCUACUGCAGGCACGUUAUAUGUGACACUGUAAAUGUGGUUGGGAAGAUCAACACAAAAAAAUAAGUGUACAGAUUGUGUAAUGUUAAGUGUUCACUUUGUUUGAUGGUCCAUUGAGUUUACCUUGGGAUUGAUGAAUGGAUUUUAUUUUUUUUGUGAAAAUGGUAUUUUAAUAUAUGUAAAAACCAAAAGAUUUAAGUUUCCUCUGUAUAUAUCCCACAGUCAUUUUAAUUAAAUAUAAUUUAAGGUGUUACAGUUG